AUGAGUUCGAAGCGCAGAAGCGGACCUGCAGGCCUCGACCCCGACGACUUUCUAGCCACGCCGGGUCCUGAUCUCAAGCGACGCAAGCGCAGCGACGACACCCAUUUCCCCGAUAUCGAAACCCGAGAGACCACCACAGACAUCGGAUUGAAACUUGUCGGGCAAUUGAAAAGAUCACAAGACAAGAAUGGCCGCAAUGUCGCCGUCCACUUCCUCGACCUGCCUAGCAGGACCGAGUAUCCAGACUAUUAUCAACGGACUGCUAUGCCUCUCUCCCUGAACAUCAUUGAGCAGCGGCUGCAGAAUUUCGAGUAUGAGAACCUUGAGCGGCUGGAGUCUGAUCUGAAGAGGAUGGUCCAGAAUGCAAAGGACUAUAACAACAGCAAGUCUUCAAUCUUCGAGGAUGCUGAACGCAUUCGCAAGGCCUUGUCCAAUUUCAUGCCGAAGCACAAUCCGGCAUAUCUGAGAGAGGACUACCGUGCUUAUCCGACACCCAUUCCACAAGAACUGUAUGAUCAGAUCAGACAGCAGUCCAUUUCAUCAGAGGGGACUGGCGCCCCAGAGAAGGUCAAGCUGAGGUUCUCGAAUCCCGCCGCUGUGAGACGUCAAAGUCAGGUUCCCUCCACGGUAGGUACUCCUGCCAUCAAUGCAGGAGAGGACGUGAAAGAAGAGCAGCUAGCCUUCCUGCAGGAGUUGUCGGAGCAGGAGGACGCAAUCAACUUCGAGGAAAAGGUCCCCAAGAAGGACUAUCCUGACUAUUACAAAAUGAUCAAAAAGCCGACAUCUAUCUCAGAUGUACGGGCUCUAGUAGAGAAAGGAGUUGUCCAAGACUGGGAUGCGCUUGCGAAGGAGGUCCGGCUGAUAUGGGACAAUGCGAAAGAAUACAACCUUGAAGGAUCCGACAUUUACUUGAUGGCAGAGAAGCUCGAGGCUUGGUCCGACUCGAAAUUGCAGUCACUUGGUGCACAACCACGUCGCAACCUAAGACUUUCAUUAUCUCAGCCAAAGCCAAAAGCGUUGAGAUUGACCAUGGGUCCUUCAACACCAACACCACAUGUUGUCGGCGGCACCAUUGACAGCGAGUCGCUACGACGGCAGAAGCGGGAAAUGGGUGAAGCCUUGAAUAGAGCGCAGAGAGCGACUUCUAAAACGACGCAAGUCAACGGAUCUACUCCUGGGCCCUCCAGCGCAGCUCCCAGUGUCCGACGUAGUAUGUCUUUGGCAACUGAUCAAGCCGACGUGGUCAUGGCCGACAUCAAGACGAACGGUACUUCAGGGACACCACAGGCUGAAGAAGCGAUGAAGACGCCACAGGCUCCGCCUCAGCAGUUGCCCACACCGGUUCAAGAAUUCGAGACACCUCUUCCCGGUGAUGCGCCACUUACCAAUGGAAUAACUCUCCAUGCGCCACACCCUCAGUCUAACCCCGCGAAGGUUUCUACAAACACUGCUUUCAACUACCUAAAUCAAUCAGUUGUGCCCAUGGAACGCCGAUUUCGCGAUCCUGGCAGAGGCUGGGAUUUCGCCCUUCUCUCCUCGGUGACAUUUAUGACCAAUCCCUCCUUGCCGAACGACCCGCGCUGGAAACUGAUCCGCCACGGUUCGCCCAUCAAAACGCAAACAUCUGGCUUCAUCGCAUUACCACCUGCCUACCGCGACAUCCGCAUCAUCCCCGAGCUGACCUCCGAAUUGCAUUCCCGGCGCCGCCACCGCGUUUUCUUUAUGCACAAUGCCACAGUGUACAAGGAGAGCAACAGCGUGCACGUUCCCGGAGCGUUUGAGGUCAGACUGGUGCCAGGCGAGAAUGUACUGGUGGUGGAAGUCCUGGCAGAUUUGAGGGAGGGGGAACGCAAGGAGUAUGCACCAAGUCAGCUGCAGUUCGAUUUCGAGCGGUGUACGAUGAUUGUGCAUCUUAACACGUAG